GAAUAUAAAAUUAUGGCUGAAGGUUAUUUUGAAGCUGCAAGAAUAAUUGCAAUCCCAUUCUCGAGAUUUAUACCAAUAAUAUCUGAUGUAGUUUCUGUCAUUGAAGAAUUAACAACUUUAUGUCAGUCUGCUGAACAUAAUAAGCGUAUUGGUCUCGCAUUGGUUGAUAGAGUUGCUGCUGUAGAAACUGCAAUUCGUCAAAUCAAAUCUCAUAAAGAUGAUAAUAGAGAAUUUUUUAAUCAACAAAAUUUCGUUGCCAUGCAAAGACUAUUAAAUAAUAUACAAAAAAUGAGAAAAUUUGUUAUUGAAGUAACUCAAUUAAAAUGGUUAUCUAAAUAUAUUCAGGCAAAAUCUAUUAAAACUACAUUUGAUGAAUUAACAGAAGAAUUUGAUAGCCUUGUGAAUGUAUUAAAUUUUACUAUUUCUGUUGACACGAAAAUUCGUGCUGAAAAAGAAAGUAAAAUGUUACAGAAUGAAAUUAAAGAUCUUACUGAGUAUCUUGAAGAAAUUGGUGGAGGUAUUACUGAUAUAAAUAAUAAUGUAAGUGAAGCGGUAACUCAAAUAAAUGCCGUCAACGGAAUGAUGGAAAAACUUACCGAAAAACAAGAAAUGAUUGAUAGUAUUUUUCAAGAUAAACCACUUAAACUCGUAGAGUUUAAGGAAACAAAAGAACAAACUCGUGGGAAGAAAGUUAAAAAAUAUAUUCGUUUAAUGGAUAGCGAAGAAGUCUCUUUUAAACUA